AUGACUAUGGACCCCGAUCUGCAUAACACGAACACAGUGGUUGUUGAGGUCCCGGUCACGCCUAACCCAAAUGCAGAGGCAAGCGCCCCCGUUCCGGAACAAGAGACAAAAGAGAAGGUAGGGCAUUCUCCGUCGGGAUCUAUCUCUUCAGUUUCAUCUUCCGAGUCGACCGAAAAGCUCAUUAAGAGUUUGUCCAUGGGCAAAUUGGACAUCAACAAGGACGAUGAGCCCCCACUUGAGCCAUUCACGGUUUCUCCGAUCCAGCCAGCAUCUCCCAGUGUGAGUUCCCUGCUACCUAAGGCCAACAACGCCCCAAAGCCUAUAAAAUUUACAGUUCGGAAAGUAUCUCGUGAUACAAUUGCCCUUCCGGAAACUGGAAAGGCUCAGAACAAGGAAAGAGAAUACGCAUAUGGUAAUUUGCCAGAAAACAGAGAAAAGGCAAAGGAGAGGAAAAGUGCAGAGAAGAUGUCUCAGCUUCAGUAUAGUCAGGCCAAAUACGAUCAAUAUGCUGCACGUAUCGAGAAGAUCAACAAGGAGGUGAAUUUUUUGACCAAUCUCCUUCCCCCGUACAACGUCGAAAUUGACUAUGUAACUCGAACGAAGAUCACAAAGGCAAUCGAGAAGUUGCGAAUGAAACAAGAUGAGAUUGAGAAGAAGAAAUACAGCUUGGGAAUUUCUAUUAGUCGCUUAUGGAGAGAGCAUGAUGAGAAUGAGAUCUUUGUGAGGUCUGUAAGCGGAGAAAUUGAUUCCGCUCCGUUGACCAGACACUCAACAAACGUUUCGGAGCUUUCCCGAAUUCUCACAGGAUUACGAGAUGACUACGAACAAGAUGCAGCGGAGUUUGAGCUGUAUAAGUCACGUCCGGUGCCGGAAGAAGCACUUAUCGAACAACUUGAGUUGGUUUCUCCUAAAUCUGAGCGAGAUGAUAUACUGGAGAAGUUGGAACAAGAUGACCAUCCCAUCGAUGGUGCUUUUGCAUUUUGGCAAGCGGUUUUGGCUAUGUUGAUGGUUUUCUCGACUUGGGGUGCCAAUGCUGCCUUUGGUGUGUUCUUAAAUUAUUAUCUUACCACUAACUCAUUUCCUGGGGCUACUCAGUAUGACUUCGCAUUGAUGGGCGGAGUCAUCGUGUUUUUGGCUCAAAUCCUUGCCCCCAUGACGGUGCUUCUUGUAAGAAUCUUUGGACAAACACCUGUUCAUCUUACAGGCAUUUGUUUGCAAACCCUUGGAUACUUUUUGGCUGCAGAAUGUACAAAGUUAUGGCAGGUGUUUCUUUGCGAGGGAGUGUUGGUGGGAUUUUCUUUUUCGUUGAUCUUUAUUCCUGGAACCUUGGUUCUUCCAACCUGGUUUGAUAAGCAAAGAGCUACGGCUAUGGGUAUUGCUGUGGCUGGUGCAGGUUUGGGGGGUUUGGUGUUCUCUUUGUCACUUAACAAGAUUAUUCAGGAGACUGGUGACCAACGAUGGGCAUUGCGAAUGGUUGGCUUUAUAACCUUAGCAGUCUCUCUUUUUGGUGGUACGUUCCUACGUGUUCGUACCCCCAAGAAAUCAAAAUUCAAAGAUCGUUUCAAUAAGGACUUUAUUAUUAAGAACUUUAAGAUUGUUUUCGAUUUCCGAUGUUUUGAUAAUUACCCAAUUAUUACCGUCGGGGUUUGGUUUGGUGUGGUACUUAUUGGAUACAUCAUUAUUCUCUACUCGUUCUCAAGUUUUGCUACAUCAAUCGGAUUGUCACACACGCAAGGAUCCAAUAUAUUGGCUAUUCUUAACGCAUCGCAGGUGGUUGGUAGACCUCUAAUUGGAAAUAUUGGUGAUUUCACCGGCCGUGCAAACACCUCAGUGGCUAUCUCGAUCUACGUCAUUAUUUUGAUAUUUGCAUUCUGGUUCAAUACCACGACAUACCCUGCUCUCAUAGUAUUGUCGGUAUUGAUGGGUUCAGCAGUCGGAGUCGGUAGCACAAUGGCGCAAGCUCUAGCAGGAGACGUGCUAGCGAAAAUGGGGAGACAUGAAAAGCUACCCGCAGCAUGGGGAGGAUUGAACAUCAUUGUUUCCUGUUUCUGUCUUCCAGCAGAAGUCAUUGCAUUGAAGUUGCGUAGACCUCAUUCUAACCAUGCAUAUGCUCACACUCAGAUUUUCACUGGUUGCUGUUUCCUCAUGGGAUUGAUACUCAUGUUGGUUUGUCGCGAGUGGCUAGUACGAAAGACGUUUGAAUCCAGACGGUCGCAGGCUCAGGAGACACUCAACUCUAGGCACAAUAUGCAUUUGCGCCGACAAGAGACACCUGAAGUAGAGGACGACGAGGAGAAGGACGACGAUCAACUUCUUCAGGCAAGAGUUGAGAGAUACGACCGGCUCUUGGGAGGACUGCUUAUUUAUUUCAUCAUUCGCAUGUUCUAUCCUCUUAGGGUAUAA